UAGCUAGUAGCCUAGGGCCAGUGUUAGCAAGCCAAGCUUUAUCUGAAUUGCUAUGGCGGCCUCAGCAGCGCGCAUGAGUGCGCCGGCGCUAAUGGUGGCUUUGGCCGUGCUGGCCUUCGUCGCCGGCGGCAGCGCGCAGCUGCAGUACGGGUUCUACAAGGGCAAGUGCAACGCCAGCGACGUGGAGGCGGUGGUGCAGGGCAUCGUCAAGGCCCGCUUCGCCCGCGAGGCCCCCAUCGUCGCCUACCUCCUCCGUCUUCAAUUCCACGAGUGCGCCGUCAAUGGGUGCGACGGCGGCCUGCUGAUCGACGGCCCCGGCUCGGAGAAGACGGCGGCGCCGAACCUGAGCGUCAAGGGCUACGACCUCAUCGCGGCCAUCAAGGCGGAGCUGGAGAAGAGGUGCCCCGGCGUGGUCUCGUGCUCCGACAUCGAGAUCCUCGCCACCAGGGACGCGGUGGCGCUAGCCGGCGGGCCGGCGUACGCGGUGCGCACGGGGCGCCGGGACCGCCGCCAGUCCCGGGCCUCCGACGUCAACCUUCCGGCGCCGGAGUACACGGCGGCGCAGGCCGUCGCGUACUACGCCAGGCUGGGGAUGACCGCGUACGAGACGGUGGUGCUGCUGGGCGCGCACACCGUGGGCGCCACGCGCUGCAGCGCCAUCAAGAACAGCCGGCUCUACCGGUACGGCGGCAAGCCCGGCGCGACGGACCCGAGCAUGGACCCGGGCACCGCGUCGGUGUACAAGAAGUGGGUGUGCCCGAAUGUGACGUCGUCGGACGGGAACACCGUGUUCCUGGACGACCAGUGGAGCGCCCUCAAGGUGGACAACAACUACUACAAGAACCUGCAGCUCCGCCGCGGUGUCCUCUCCGUUGACCAGAACCUCUACAGAGACGGCUCCACACGUUGGAUCGUCGACCAGCUCGCCAACAAUGCUGGCCUCUUCCAGGCGCAGUUCGCCAAGGUUCUCGCAAAGCUCAGCGAGGUCAACGUGCUCACCGGCACGCAGGGGGAGAUCCGCAAGGUCUGCAGCAAAUUUAAUUGACCGUCGGAUCAUCCGGUUCUCCUUACCCAUUUGUUUGUUUAACUUCCCUCUUGGUUUGAUGAACUGAAAUGUUGUCGUCUUCUGAUUACAUUUUUGUUUUAUUCAAGUUGCUUUAUUUCGAUAUGAUGUUCAAUUCAUUUCAUUUGAAUUCUAAGAUUUUUGUAAUAAGUAGUAAUAACCUA